GACGGAGUCCAGGAACCCGUUUUCGUGUAGUGACGGUAGUGUGGAAUGUGACAGGCGCGGCGCGGCGGCCUCACGGUGCUGGUUGUGCGAGCCGAGCAGGGGGCGGCGAGCGGGGGUCUCUGACCCUGACCCCGGCCUUGCCUCGCCCGCGCGCCCAGCCUGCGAGAGGGACCCCAUACGUUCAAGCCCUUCUGCAAGCGUCGCCACCUGGACAGGUGAUCGGCGCGCAGCAGUACGUCGUCAAGCCGAUGAUGUCGGAGCACGCCGAGACGGUACUGUCGGAGCACAUCCUGGCGCACUCCGAGCUCACCGAGGAGGUCGUCAACGAGAAGGGCGUGUCGCUCGGCAACGCCCUUAUGCAGUUCGACGAGUACGUGCGGUCGCUGCAGAUCGACCCCUGCUCCCCGAACUUCUGCCUGGUGACGGACGGCCAGUUCCCCCUCCGGCAGUGCCUCCACCCGGAGAGCUGCUCCAAGAACAUCGACCUGGCGCCGUACUACAACACCUUCCACGAUCUGCGAAAGGACUUCAGGGCCUUCUAUUCAGCGCCCGAUGUCGUCAAUUCCAUCAAGGAAAUGAUAACUUAUUUAAGCAUGACAUUCGACACGGAAAACGAGUUUUACGUGAAAGAAGCCAAAGACAUGGUCAACAUCGUCCACAGGUUGAUCGCUGACGGUAAGUGUUCUGCAAUAACAAAGUAAUGCAUGAUGAUUAUUAUUUUUUUUAGAAGAACGCAGUCGUACAUGCAGUACUAGUUUUGAAGCUUCAGCAUGUGUGAUGCGGCCUCCCCGUCCAUCAAUUAGUUCUUAUCUCCGAAUCAGAGCGCUCGUUGGGAGGGGGUGGUUAUUGUCGAGAUAUCGAAGCGAUUAGGAGGGGGCCCUCCACGGCGCGACGACGCCCCCUCUGGCCCUCUCUCUCUGCUGAUAGCGAUAAGCGCGCGCCUUGUCCUUACAAGGGGGCUUAGGCAAGUGUAAAUUCCCGAUCUUGCCCAAACUCGGUAUAUUUGUUUCUUAUCUAUGUUGAUGGCGACUGACGGUAGUAUUUUUUCCUGAGUGUCAAUUUCUAGGGUACUUUAGGGGAGGCAAUAAUGGAAAAAAUAUUGAAUUUGGGCCAAAAAUGACGGAAGGAGGUCUCAAAUCGAAAAGUUGCAGAGGAACUACCCCCCCAAAACCGCUCAUUUUGAGUCAGAAUAUCACUUAAUAUUUGUACAAAAGUAGAAAUUUGUAUUUUUGAAAUUAUACGCUAUUAUACGGCUUUUAUAGGGAGUUUCGGCACAUGACUCUCAGGAAAAAUUUGGUCGGCAUUCGUCACCUACAUAGAUAAGAAGCAAAUAUACCGAGUUUGGGCACGAUCGGGAAUUUACACUUGCCUAAGUUCCCUUGUUAGCUCCCAAUGACUGGUGGUGACGCCCGCACUGAUCCAUAUACGACGGCUUUCGGGCCGUUCGUCGUGUUAUGACUUCCCGUUUCGGAAUGCAGUCGCUUCCCUCGUCACGUCCGUCAGGUAUAGUGAAGGGUCGUUGGGGCAGCGGCGACAAGGGCGGCGCGCUAUGCGGCCGCUCUAGGACCCGUCUCCUGUCGCCGCACCGAGACCGAGGACGACCUCGCCGUCGCUGUCGCCAGCC